GAAGACUGACAAGAAACCAGAAUCCGAUCGAAUAGCUACAUAGUCAAAAUAACUUGCUGUGUCCUGAAGAAUGGACUAUACCUCUCGCAUCUUUUCUCGUCCUCCCCCAAACGUCCAUUCUCCUGUCUUGUCCGACGCCGAUCGACCACAUCGAAGCAUCUCAUGGGCUGAAUACGCAUCCGCCGUCAAACGAAUCGCUGUCGGAUUGGGCGCACUGGGCGUCGUCGAGCAGGAUGGUGUCGGCCUCCUCAGUCGCAACGAGAUAUACUACUAUGUGCUCGCGGACGGUGCUAUCGCGGCGGGUGCGACGUUUGUCGGUAUUCCGCCGUCUGACAAAGAGGACAAGGUGGCCACGCACAUGGCCGUAGCGCAUGUGAAAUGGCUGUUCGCCACCCCAGAGUUUUUGGAAUCGGCUCUGACGACGGCGGCAAAUGUGGGCUUAGACAAGUCUCGCGUCCUUGUCUUUGAUCCGCCCGGCCUGGAGCCCUACGAGAAUGAUAAUGGCCAACCCCGCUUCAGCAGCCUUCUCGAGGCAGAUGAGAGUCGCUGGCAGAAUGCUAACCACGGAAAGGAUCCUAGAACACUGACGGCGCUGCGGUUGUUUACCAGCGGCACCACAGGAUCCAUCAAGGCGGCGGAGAUUUCCCACGCGGCGCUCGUGACAAGACUAGAUGCGCAGGACUUUGUCCCAUCGCCGCGCGACCGCGCGCAGCUGCAAUUUAUCAGUCUUUCCUCCGCGGGCGGCCAAAUGAUUUGCCAGCGCGCCUUUGCGGGGUGGCUGCCUGCCUACAUUUCUAACUAUGAUGACGAACUAAGCAUCAUCGACAGAAUCCAGUCGUGUAACAUCUCUGUUAUUCAGUUACCACCCCGGACUAUGGAAGGCAUAACGGCCGUGAUCAAAGCCGGGAUCCGUUCUCGCGAGAGUCUUCAGUCCCUCAGCACCAUCCUAGUCGGUGGAGCAGCUUCUCGAAAAGAGGGAGUCGACCAAUUCGCUUCCAUCUUACCAAGUCAUGUCUUGCUGCGAUCGGGUUACGGAUCGACUGAGGUCGGAAUCAUCGCCAUGACCUCCGCAAGCCUCGACGCCCCCUGGAGACCGGGCCCAGGUUACGUGGGCCUUCUCCCACCUGGUGUCGAGUUGCGCGUGAUAGACCACGAAACGCUCCAGACGAUCAGCUCCGACAUCGAAGGCGAGAUCUGCGUCCGCAACGCAUCCAUGUUCAGCGGAUAUUGUAACAAUCCAACAGCUACAGCCGAAGUGUUCCUCCCCGACGAUGAUGGAGGCGCUCCUUGGUUCAGAACGGGAGAUCGGGGGUAUUUAGAUCCGCAGAGCGGUCAACUCGCCUUGACCGGCCGCUUCAAUGAAAUGUUCACCGUCAAACUGGAGCGAGUUGUACCCUCGGAAGUCGAGGCAGAGCUGCUAAAGCACGAGUCAAUCGCGGACGCCGCGGUGACUGCCACAAGGGCGCGAGACAUCGAAGGAGACAACGAGUGCAUAGCGUACGUUGUGCGAAGAAACGGGGUAGAGUUGACGGCGCGCCAAGUGGUGGAGUUCAUUGCGGCGAGGUUGUCAAACGACAAAGCCCCAACGGGUGGCGUCGUGUUUUGCGAGAGUAUCCCACGGAACGCCAUGAGGAAAAUCAUGAGGCACAAGUUGAUCGAGCUGGAGUCCUUGGCUGGGUCAGAGAGGUACAUUGAAAUAUCCUCUCGGAGUACUCCGUAG